AUGGGGAGCAGCGCACAGCAGCUCGUCUGGCUAACCCUUGCCUGCGCAUUUUCCUCCUGCUUUGCUGAAGUGGCCCUGGGGGUCGAGCUGUCUACAGAAACCACAUCCUUCCACUAUACGGCUACUUCUGCUCAGCCACUUUCCAUUUACCACUCUUCACCCCAUCAGGGCACCACAGAUCAUUCUGACAGCACGGGCUCUCUUAAAACAACACCCAUAAGCGACAGACCAACUGCGCAGACGGCAGCCCCACGCCAGGUAACAACAGACGAUCACACGACCGCCCAGGCACGAGCAACCACCGUACGAGUGACCAGCCAGACACCUCCCACGGUGGUAUCCAUAACAUCCACAGACAACACAACUACAGCUACAACCCAAGCAAUGGAAACGGUUACACCUGCAGCAAAGAACACAACCACGCACCCUGUGUCCUCAGCCGAGCACGCCAGAACACACGUGAGCACAGAAACGCCAGCGGCAGCCACAAACACGACCGUAAAACAUACAGCGACAAGUACAGAAGCGACAGCUGCUGCCACAACUACCACAGCCAACACCAUGAAACCUGUAAAGCCCAUCACAGGGUCAGGAAACCAAACAACCACUCCUAAAAGUCCAACAGACACAACCACCAUUCGUCCGGGCACUCCAACAGCCAUCCCAUCCACCACGAUGACAGCAAGGCCCACUCUUGCACCGCAGCCUUCUCCCAUCCCCACUGGCACGUACACCGUCUCCAGCGGGAACAGGACCUGCGUCAAAGUGGCCAUGGGUUUGCAGCUGAUGGCCCAGAAUACGCAGACGAAGCGGAUGGAGUACAUGACCGUCAACCCCAACGCGACACAGACGUCUGGCAGCUGUGGGACGGUGCAGUCUGAGCUGAACAUAACUUUCAGUGGAGGGUUUAUAAAAUUCACCUUUGUAAAGCAAGCUCCAACGUACUACGUCAGUAAAAUUGAGGCCAGAUUACAGUUAUAUUCUGAAGGUAUGCUGUACUAUGCAGCCAUACAUGAGAAGCUGUUCACAACAACGCUCGGGAAUUCCUUCAAGUGUGUCAGCAAGCAAACCUUCGGCCUGGAGAAGAACUUCCAGCUGCUCUUUGUCAAUAUGCAGCUGCAGGCGUUUGAUAUGGUCGGUAACCAGUUUGGAAAACAAGAAGAAUGUUUUCCUGAUAAAAACAGCAAAGCAGCUCCCAUUGCGGUGGGCCUGAGUAUCCUGGGAUUGUUUGUCAUUGUGUUUGCCACAUUCCUGAUUUCCAGAAGAAAGCCGCAUAGAGGAUACGAACGUAUCUGA